UCCUCCACCUCUAUUACACGUGCGUUUAAAAAAGAAAACACUUUAAUUUCCCGAUAAAACAUGAAGAAAAAGCAGGUGGAAAGCGCAUCCGAGGAGGAGGAACUGCAGUCAGGAGACUCCGAGGCAUCCGACGACGAGGAGCUGCAGGCGGAGGGCUCGGAAGAGGAGGAGGAUUCCGAUGAAUCCGAACUGGAUCUGGCCGCCAGUGCCACCGAAUCCGAUGAGGAUGAUGAGGAGGACGAGGACGAGGAUGUCAAGCCCGAGCCCAAAAGUCGGGCAGAGAUCAUCGACCAGAAGAUCCACACCAAGUACGAGCAACUGAAGGGCACCCGGCUGUACGUGCGUUUUCCCCAGAAACUGCCUCUGGAUUUGGAUGAAUUCAAUGCCAAGGUAAAAGCCCUGCAUCCGCUGGUUUUGAAGUCCACGAAGCCUCGCCAGAAGCACGCCCGUUUCUGCCUGGUGGACUUCAAGUCCCAGGAGGAUCGCGAUCAGGCAUUCGAGGACAUCAAGGCGUCCAUCGAAAAGGACAAGGAGUACAAGGGUAUAUUUGUGUCCCUGCCCAAGACCGAUUCCGAUGAUUUCGUCAACGAUCUGGUGAGCCGCAAGCAGACAUCCGUGGAGAACAAGCGCACCAAGUCGCUGAUGAAGCGCGCCACCAAGAAGGUGCUGACCAAGGGCAACUUCACCUCGUCCGUGGUCAUCACCAAUCUGCCCAAGACCAGUUCGGUGGCCCAGGUGCGCCAGUUGUUCCAGGAGGCGGUGGACAUUCAAAUACGGCCGGGCAAGGGCAAAUUCCGCGACUCCAGUGCGGCCACAGUCACCCUGCCAACUACCCACGAUGCACGCAAGGUCAUCAAGCAAAAACUCAGUCUGGCGGGCACGCCACUGAUACUGCGCUUCAACACUCAGAAAAAGCGGAGACCAAAAGAUAAGUUCAAGCGAAAGGCGGAGAAUGGGAAAUCCCCCAACAAGAAAAGCCCGAAGUCCAAGUCAGAAGAUAGCGAGAAGGCGGAAAAAGGGGAAGCCCCCAAAAGCAAGAAACUAGCACCAAGCAUUCAGCAGAAACCGAAAGAAAACCUGAAGAGAAAAACGCCCAAGGAAAAAUCCAUUAAUCUUAAGACACCUAAGAAACUAAAGAAACUAAGCGCGGAAUAGAAAGUAGUUUAUGUUUCAUAAUUUAAAUAAAAUUAAACAUUUUUGAUUGACAA